UCAAAAACGACUUAAAGUGACUGAAAGUGUUGACAAAUUUCAAUAUUCAUUAUUAAUGAAUUUCAACAAAUAUUAUUGUUACAAGUUUAUUAUAUUUUUAAUCUUAUUAUUAAGCAAUUGAACAUAGUGACUGAAUAUAACGUAAAAUAUGCCUUAAUCCAACCAAUUAUAAUAUUAUAAUUCACCGGUGAAUGAAUCGUGAUAAUUAUUGAUAAAUAGGUACUUGGAGUGAACCUUGUUUGCUGGAUUGAUUAAAAAAUUGUAAAAAAAACAUGACCGAUAAUAUGAGUAUUCUUAGUGAAAUUUCUCCUGUUUUCCGUCCAUAUAUUCAGUGUAUUUACCAAGACUUAAAACUAGGAUUAUGUAAAAGUAAAAUUGACUUGGAAAGGAUGUCUGGGAAUAUGGAAGGAGUUGAAAGUCAGUUAAGAGUGGUGCUCCCAUAUUGCUCAAAAAAGUUAAAAUGGGAAGUGAUUUUUGAUCCUUCAACACCGUGGUUUGCACCGGACUUCAGAUUUGAUGAUGAAAGCUUUCUUAGUAAUAUUGACGAAGAAAAUCUAAUUAAAGAAGUCCCAAGUCUUUGUCAGUGGAAUUCAAGUGACCCUAAAGCUUUGUGUGGUGUACUGACAGAACUUAUCAAAUUAUAUAAGUUUCAUCAGGUAAAGAAAUUGAAUGAGGAUGAUAAUUCUCGUGCUUCUUUUGAGUACAGUGCAUUACUUGGCAAUGCCCUAACAACUGAACAAGAUGUAGAAGUCUGGGUGGGAGGCCAUAUAGUAGAAUUUAUGAUUAAGUUAAAAGUGAAUACAUCUAAACUCCCUGAAUUGUAUAACGAAAGUAUUGACAUAAAUCCUGGGAUUGACACAGCUCUUUUAUUAGUGAGAUACCCAAAUUCCACUAAUGCAGAAUUAAUUCUUUCUCCAUUUCUAUCUAAAGUUUUGGGAAAUAUAACAUUGCCAUUAAUGCAUCAAUCAGGAGUUCUUAUGGACUACGUACCAAUGGUAACAGAUUUACUUAAUAGUAAGAUACAGGAUAUUGUAAACAAUGAUAGACUAAAAAGAGAAUUGUUGGCUCAACUUAUUAUUAAAUAUGAAGGAGCCAUUCUAGAACAUGAUGCUACAAGUGCAGCAUUACUAUUUCAAAUGAAUGAUUUUCAUUGGAUCUUACAGAUAGAUAUAGGUGCAAAUUUUCCUGAAAAAUCACCAAUAUUGACUCUGCGAUCUGUGUAUCAUAGCGCCAAAGGAAAGCCCAAGUCAAAAGUUCUACCAAGUUGUCCACAUACAAAUUUUGAAGCAUAUAUUGAACAACAAGUGGAAAUAUUUAAAAAUGAAUGCAAAGGAAUUACAGCGAGUCACCCAAUACUUACACUGGAUAAUUAAAUCAAAUGAAAUAUUAAACUUAUUUCAUACCUUU